ACAAACGAGAAAACUAGGCUACCAGGCACUGGGGCGAUGGGCCACAGCCCGGAGGGGUAGUGGGCCCGGAAGGGGCGCGGGAGUGGGCUCUCCCCAGGCUCGCGGCACGUGGUCGGCUUGGGCGGGAGCUUCGCGACAGUGGGGGAGGGGAGCAGCGUGGGACGCCGAGGAGGGGUCCAGGCCGCCAAGGCUACGAGGCGCCGACUGCGCAGGCUCGGGGACAGGCGCAACCACUACGCGCAGACCUGAGGGGGAGAAUGUCCACCCGGCUGCACGCUCCCUGGAUCUACUUGCGCAGCGAAAGCUUGUCUUCUUCUUCAUUUUAAGACUGUGUAUGGCGCCGCCUUGCGCAGUUUGUUCACCCUAAGAGGGCCUCUAAUCUCGAGCCCGAAGCGGCCUCCUUCUCCAGCCGUGCCCCUUCCUCCCCCGUGGAGGCCGCACUGGAUGCUCCCACCUCCCUGCAGCCUCCGGAGGUGGUUUGGUGGCCACCUCCUCGCGAGUUGGUGCCGCUGCCACCCCCGAUUCCGAGCCUUCGGCACCUCUGCCGGGUGGUACCCAGCCUUCCCGGCGCCCCCUCCUCUCCUCCCACCGGCCUGCCCUUCCCCGCGGGACUACCGCCCCCACGUUUCCCUCAGCCCUUUUCUCUCCCGGCCGAGCCGCGGCGGCAGCAGCAGCAGCAGCGGGAGGAGGAGCCCGGAGGCGGCGGUGGCCGGGGAGCCCAUGGCGUACAGUCAAGGAGGCGGCAAAAAAAAAGUCUGCUACUACUACGACGGUGAUAUUGGAAAUUAUUAUUAUGGACAGGGUCAUCCCAUGAAGCCUCAUAGAAUCCGCAUGACCCAUAACUUGCUGUUAAAUUAUGGCUUAUACAGAAAAAUGGAAAUAUAUAGGCCCCAUAAAGCCACUGCCGAAGAAAUGACAAAAUAUCACAGUGAUGAGUAUAUCAAAUUUCUACGGUCAAUAAGACCUGAUAACAUGUCUGAGUAUAGUAAGCAGAUGCAGAGAUUUAAUGUUGGAGAAGAUUGUCCAGUGUUUGAUGGACUCUUUGAGUUUUGUCAGCUCUCAACUGGCGGUUCAGUUGCUGGAGCUGUGAAGUUAAACCGACAACAGACUGAUAUGGCUGUUAAUUGGGCUGGAGGAUUACAUCAUGCUAAGAAAUCAGAAGCAUCAGGAUUCUGUUACGUUAAUGAUAUUGUGCUUGCCAUCCUUGAAUUACUAAAGUAUCAUCAGAGAGUCUUAUAUAUUGAUAUAGAUAUUCAUCAUGGUGAUGGUGUUGAAGAAGCUUUUUAUACAACAGAUCGUGUAAUGACGGUAUCAUUCCAUAAAUAUGGGGAAUACUUUCCUGGCACAGGAGACUUGAGGGAUAUUGGUGCUGGAAAAGGCAAAUACUAUGCUGUCAAUUUUCCAAUGAGAGAUGGUAUAGAUGAUGAGUCAUAUGGGCAGAUAUUUAAGCCUAUUAUCUCAAAGGUGAUGGAGAUGUAUCAACCUAGUGCUGUGGUAUUACAGUGUGGUGCAGACUCAUUAUCUGGUGAUAGACUGGGUUGUUUCAAUCUAACAGUCAAAGGUCAUGCUAAAUGUGUAGAAGUUGUAAAAACUUUUAACUUACCAUUACUGAUGCUUGGAGGAGGUGGCUACACAAUCCGUAAUGUUGCUCGAUGUUGGACAUAUGAGACUGCAGUUGCCCUUGAUUGUGAGAUUCCCAAUGAGUUGCCAUAUAAUGAUUACUUUGAGUAUUUUGGACCAGACUUCAAAUUGCAUAUUAGUCCUUCAAACAUGACAAACCAGAACACUCCAGAAUAUAUGGAAAAGAUAAAACAGCGUUUAUUUGAAAAUUUGCGCAUGUUACCUCAUGCACCUGGUGUCCAGAUGCAAGCUAUUCCAGAAGAUGCCGUUCAUGAAGACAGUGGAGAUGAAGAUGGAGAAGAUCCAGACAAGAGAAUUUCUAUUCGAGCAUCAGACAAGCGGAUAGCUUGUGAUGAAGAAUUCUCAGAUUCUGAGGAUGAAGGAGAAGGAGGUCGAAGAAAUGUGGCUGAUCAUAAGAAAGGAGCAAAGAAAGCUAGAAUUGAAGAAGAUAAGAAAGAAACAGAGGACAAAAAAGCAGACGUUAAGGAAGAAGAUAAAUCCAAGGACAACAGUGGUGAAAAAACAGAUACCAAAGGAACCAAAUCAGAACAGCUCAGCAACCCCUGAAUUUGACAGUCUCACCAAUUUCAGAAAAUCAUUAAAAAGAAAAUAUUGAAAGGAAAAUGUUUUCUUUUUGAAGACUUCUGGCUUCAUUUUAUACUACUUUGGCAUGGACUGUAUUUAUUUUCAAAUGGCUUUUUCAUUUUUGUUUUUCUUGGCAAGUUUUAUUGUGAGUUUUUCUAAUUAUGAAGCAAAAUUUCUUUUCUCCACCAUGCUUUAUGUGAUAGUAUUUAAAAUUGUUGUGAGUUAUUAUGUCAAAAAAACUGAUCUAUUAAAGAAGUAAUUGGCCUUUCUGAGCUGAUUUUUCCAUCUUUUGUAAUUAUCUUUAUUAAAAAAUUGUACUUGGA